AUGCAGAAAUACGAUCAGGCUUUUGAAUUUGUUAACGAGGAACAAACGAUUUCUUCUACUGAUUCGGUUGAUUCGAAAGUAGCUUAUAGAAAAAUCGACUUUCGAGUUUGUUUUAUAUUAUGUGGAGCUUACUUUUUACAAUUUCUUGAUAAGUCAUUACUUAACUAUGCUGCAGUAAUGGGAAUCAAAACAGCUUUGACCAAGCCUUCACAGUUUAACGACUUGGGGACUAUUUUAUAUUGUGCCUAUAUCUUUGGUGAGCCAAUAAGUGCUUAUUGCUUUCAAAAAUUCCCCGUUGGUAAAUUUUUCGGUAUUUGUAUUAUUUGUACUGGGAUAGUAACGAUUUGCACUGGAGCAGUUAAUUCCAACUCAAACGGGUAUGCUAGUUUGAUGGUCUUGAGAGCAUUACUUGGAUUAUUUGAGAAUUCAUUUGCGUCAGGUUGUUGUUUGAUUACCAGUAUGUGGUACUCCAAGACGCAACAACUUCAUAGAACAAGCUGGUGGACCAUCCAAGCAGGUACUUCUACGAUGUUUGGAGGACUAUUAAGUUUUCUUUUCCAAAAAAUCGAUUCAAGUAAGAUAUCAGUGGCUAACUGGCAAUUGUUCUAUUUCGUGAUUGGAGUCAUAACUUUGCUUUUUGGUACUUAUACUUUUUUCAGCUUACCUGAUAAUCCAACUAAUUGUAAAUUUUUAACUAGGUUGGAGAAAAGAAUAGUACUUGAAAAUAUUAGAUUAAACCAAACGGGUACUGAAUCAAGUUUUAAACCAGAUAAAUUGAAAGAACUUUUAUUCAAAGACAAACAUACUUGGCCAAUGGUCUUAUUAACGCUAAUUUCAAUGAUUCCAACUGGGGCAGUUUUAACUUUCAGUGUUUCGAUGAUUAAAAAUAUUGGAUUUAAUAAUCAGCAUUCUGCAUUAAUGCAGAUUCCCUUGGGGGUUUCUACUAUUUUAGCAAUUGUUCUAGGUACAAAUAUCUGUGCUUAUUUCAAUGGUAAUCAUCGUUCUUUUAUUUUCAUAUCAAUGUUGGUUCCAGCAAUAAUUGGUUAUAUUGUUUUGUUAUCUUGUUCGAAUAAAAUUGGUUUACUAAUGUCAGUUUAUCUAAUCAAUGUUGGAACUUGUGUAAUCACCAUGAUUUAUUCGUGGAAUACCGCUAACACUGCUAAUUCAACUAAAAGAGUUUAUCGUAAUUGCAUUACCAUGAUUGCUUUUGCUGUUGGAUGCCUAAUCGGGCCCCAAAUCGUGGUUGAUUAUCAAACGGCUUAUUUGGUACUAAUGAUUCUUAGCAUUGUUUGCAUUCCUUUGGUGCUUUUAGUGAGAUAUAUCAGCAUUUAUGAAAAUAGAAAGAGAGAUUCUUUAUCAAAGGAGGAAGUUGAUGCUUGGUUAACUGAAAUGGGUGAUAAUUAUGAAUUCAAAGACUUGACCGAUAUCGAAAACAUCAUGUUCAGAUACUCGUACUAA